AUGGCCGGCACUGGCUUUGAGACGAGGCUUUUUAUCAAUGGAGAGUAUGUAGACGCAAAAACUCAGAGUCGGCUGACAUGCUACAACCCGAUUGACAACUCGGUCGUCACCUCUGAUGUCCACGUAGCCCUGAAAGAUGAUGUCAACGAUGCGGUGGUGGCAGCUCGACGAGCGUUUCCGGGCUGGGCGGCGGCUUCAGCAGUCACAAAGAGCAAGGCAAUGUUGCGAGUGGCUGACCUGAUUGAGGAGCACGCUGAGGCCUUUGCUCGGCUCGAGUCAAUCUGCAGUGGGAAACCAUUCGUGUCAACGACUGGUUAUGAGGCUGCCAUGGCGGCUAAUACCUUCAGAUAUUAUGCCGGUUUCACUGACAAGCUCGAAGGAGAGUCGUUCCCCCCGGACAACGGUUUCAUGCGGGUGGUUCAGAGGGAGCCGAUCGGUGUCUGCGCUGCGAUCAACGCAUUCAAUGGGCCUUUGAUUAUGCUAGCCAACAAAAGCGCCCCUUGCCUUGCAGCAGGAAACACGAUCAUUAUCAAAGCGAGCGAAAAGACGCCGCUCAGCACCUUGUUCUUCGGAAAGCUGGCGAACGAAGCUGGGUUUCCCGCGGGCACGGUCAAUCUGAUCUGUGGCGGAGCAGAGACCGGAGCCCUUCUGGCCUCCCACAUGGACAUCGACAAAAUCUCAUUUACCGGCAGCGGUACGACAGGGAAAAAAAUUGCCCAAGCGGCUGCGGCCAGUAAUUUGAAGAGAGUCACCUUGGAACUGGGGGGCAAGAGUCCAAGUAUCAUUUUUCCUGACGCUCAUAUGGACGUGGCCGUGAACUGGUGUGUCCAGGGGAUUACUGCUAACACAGGCCAGGCCUGUAUCGCUAGCUCAAGGGUAUAUGUACAUCGCGACAUCAAACAACAAUUUAUAGAUCGUAUCAGGACCGUAUUUGAAGGUCUGCACAUGGCGAUGGGCAAAGACGUAUUUGACCAGGGCACUCAGAUCGGCCCCCUGGUCGACAAAGCGCAUUUCGAUCGGGUUUCAAGCUUUGUCGCGCAUGGAAAGCAAGAAGCAACAUUGGUGACAGGGGGACAAGCACUCUAUGACCAGGGUUGCUGGUUUACUCCCACUCUUUUCAUCGAUCCGUAUCCGGACGCAAAAAUCUACAAAGAGGAGAUCUUUGGCCCAGUGGUGGUAGUGAGCGAGUUCGAAGAUGAAAGAGAUGUCAUACAAAGAGCCAACAACACCACAUUUGGCCUGUCAGGUGCCGUCUUCUCGCAAGAUAUCAACCGAGCUCUGAGGGUCGCCAGUCAGAUUCGCAGCGGUACUGUUUGUGUGAAUUGUUGCACAAUGAUCGAUUACACGGUUCCCUUUGGUGGAAUGAAGCAGAGUGGUUGGGGAAGGGAACUCGGCAAGGACGGUAUCUUGGCCUAUACCGAGCCCAAGACCAUGUUUAUCAAGUAA